AUGGCGACGGCAAUCUCCAAGCCCACCUCGCACACCCCUAAGAUGAAGCGACCGCCCCCGCCUUUCGUCCAGACCGGAGUCAACGGAGUCAAGUCCCAACAGUCCUCGUCCUCCUCUCCUCCCUCCUCCGCGAAACGUCUUCCGGGCGCAACUCAACCGACAUCAGCGAGCUCCGCAAGCGGUUCGCUGUUGAAUGGCGCCAAUGGCGCGGCUAAUUCGGGUACGGCCUCGAACAAGGGUCCUCUGAAUCGACCCAAGAAGGAAGCGCAAAAGCCUGGGGAUCAGGCCUCGCGAACACAGAAGCCAUUGUUGAGGUCUUUAUCCAUUGACAAUGAUCGCCGCGCCGGGAACAGGUGUCCCGAGCCAUACGUUAAAUCCUCGUCUUACAUCCUCAAGAAAUUCGCCAAGUGCCAACCCUCCCUCAUCCUCCACCUUCAUCCGACUCAUUUCCGCUUCGAGCAACAAGAUGGCAGCUUCCCUUAUAAUUCCGAGAUGAAGGUCAUCAUCGAACAUAUCCGUGCCGGAACCGUUCCCCAUGACAUGAUGGAGGAGCUGUUGCGGGCCAACGUUCGGUUUUAUGAAGGCACGCUUCCACAUGCCUCCGGGUCACCUGCCUCUGGCUGCCUCAUCGUUCGCGUGGUGGAUCACAAGUCGGUGUCAGCCCAGGCCAGGAAAUCGACUGCACCGUCCUCAAACGAGAGCAACACACCAUUCUCGAUACAUAACUACAAUGAGCAUGUCACGCCGUCGGCGUAUGUACCAUACCCUAAACAGAGCCAGUUGAACUCGGAAAAGUCGGUCGCGAAGGAAACUUCCACCGCAAGUCAGCCUGAUAAUAAAGCAAACGGUGAGCAGGCGGGCGACUCAGGGAGUCGUGCGGAAGAAGCUACGUCGAACUCCACUCAGCCCAAACAGCCUCCGAAACCUCGAGUUUUUACUACCGUCCUUCAUCCGACUCCACGUUCGUUACAGGCAGAGCUGACUCUACUUGCCACUACACCCGACCCCAAAGCGGCAAAACAGCCGGCAUCAAAUGCUAGCUCCCGUACUCAGGCGUCCUCGACUACAGCCCCUCCGUCUCCAGGGGCGUCAUCCAGUCAGCCUGAUCGAGGGCCUGUUCCGAAACGACAGAAGAUGUUGGUUGAACCUCAGGACUUUCUGGAAUGCGAAUCCAAAUUGACUAGAGCGCUGGCUCCUCCCCUCUUCCUAGAUCCUGUUGAUAGCUUUGACGCUAUGCAGGAUCUAUUGAAAUACAUGGAGAGCCCGCUUCACCGCGAUCCGCCGCCAUCACCCAAGAGGCGGAAGCGCACCGUGGCUGAGCUUGCUGCUGACGAGGCGCUGGCAGCCGAGGAAGAGAGGUUCAUGCUUAUUAUGGAUGAGAGACUGGAACCUACAACUUCAGGUGGAGCCGGAGGACCGAAAUCUGCUGUUGUGGAUGAUACGGGCGGCGGCGCGCCUUUCGAGCCGCGCUUCUCAAGAUUCAAGACGCUUGAGAAUAUCCGUAUGCAGCAUGAGGAGAAGGCGAAGCGUGAACAUGAGGUCAAGCUGAAACAAGAACUGGCUAAACGGCAGCAGCAGGAGCAAGAGAGGGAGAGACGCCGUGCUCUGGAGCAAAGGCAGGCCGAAGAGAACGCUAAGGAGGAAGCUCGAAGACAGCACAUUGCUGCACAACAAGCUCAGGCACAGCUUGCAGUGCAGCAGCAGAAUCGGCAUGUUAUGGCCCAGACGAACGGAGUCAGUCAAGCACCGCAAUCGUCGCCAGUAGUCCGCAAUCAGACACCCCACAACAUCUCUUCGCCUGUGGUGGGCAGCACGAUAGCGACGCAGGCGGGCGUCCCCAUGAGCAUGACGCCCUCUAUGCAGGGAGCGGGAAGUCCCCCAAGGCCGCCAUCUGCAUUACAGCACGCUCAUCCCACUGUUAUGAGCCAUCCCAUGGCGCCUUCCCGGAGCCAGCAGGGACAGAGCCGACAUGGGACCCCCCAGAUGACCCAAGGGACGCCAGCAAUGUCUCAUGCUACCCCUAUCAUGCGCAACGUAACACCGACGCAGCGGAUGAGCCACGCCAGCCCGAGUCACUCGACAAUGGCUCCUACACCUGUCAUGAACCAAGCUACUAUGAUGGGAACCCCCCAAAUGGGCAGCCAAAUGGGCCUCACACCUCAGCAGCAGCAACAACAACAACAGCAGCAGAUGUUAUUUCAACAGAGGCAACAGCUCCUUGCGACACAGGGGCAUAUGGCUCAGAACCAGUUUUCGCCCAAGCAGGUGGCUCAAAUGCAGGCCAAUGCGCACGCGCAGCAGAAUAUCCAGGCCCACCAGCAACAGAUGUUACAGGCCCAGCAACAGAAUUUCCAGGCGCAGCCCAAGUUCUCCAACUCGCAGGCGUACCAGGCUCAGUUGAUGCGGGCACAACUCGCGCAGAUGCACAUGGCUCAGCAGCAGCAACAGCAAUCGCAAGGCCAGCAAUCACAGACUCAACAAGGACAGGUACACCAAAACAGCCCACAUAUGAAUCCUCAACAACAGAUGCUAAUAGCAGCGGCUCAGGCCAACGGAGGCCUGCGACAAAAUCUGCAAGGAGGGAAUGUUCCACAAAGCCUCAGCUUUGCUCAGCGUUAUCAACAAUUGUUUGCCCAAAGAUUGGUGCGAUUAAGGCAAGAAAUGGCGGCCAAGUAUGUGCCACAAUACGGCUCUCCCUCUCAGUUUCCACCGAACAUCCAACAACAGUAUACCACUGGACUUGAAAAUGCCGCCAAAGUCUGGGUUCAAGAGAUCAUGCGACGAGAGCGUGACAUGGUUCAGCAUCGUGCCACCCAGGUCGCUGCCGUUCAAGCCCAAGUGAUGCAACAGCAGCAACAACAAAACAUGAUGCAGAACAGCAGGGGAAAUAGUUGAUUUCCUUACACUCUUCGUUUUCCUGACUUUC